AUGAUGACCUCUGGUCCCGUAGCGUCCUCCGCAGAUCUCUUUCGCCGACUAUCAUGGCAGUCUACUGUCCCCCUUGAGGUCCGGCUCGCCGAGCAUGAGCCGGGCGCGGGAUCCGGUGCGGACCGAUACUACAUGUACCCGCCUAGACACGCAUAUCUGCCGCUCCUCAUCCCCGAGAUCAGAGAGAAUCUGGUCGAGAUCGCCCUAGAUGACCAACAGCUGGCAGAGACAAAUGAAGCGGAAUGGUGGUUCGAGGAAGACCCGGGUGAUGCAGUCGGGUUUGCCCCUCAGGGCGCUUGCAGAUGGCACUGGCCACUCGACCUCAUACACCUUCAUUCUAUCAUCACUCAUCCAGCUCCAGGGGCAUCAUCCAACGGCCCCGGCCCUUCCGCGCCCGGACCCUCUAAACCUACCUUUCAGCCCCUGCGGCUGCUUCUGCACCUCUCGAAUCCCCCAGCUGAUAAGCUCAUGCUGCCAAAUACGGUCGAGAGCUGUAAAGCCAACUACAUGAAUCAGCUGCGCGAGGCGGACUUUGUCAGGUGGCGGAAUACAAGCAGGGUGACGAACAUGCGGAGACCGGAUUUGGACGCGGGAUGGGAUGGGAUUGUUCACGAUGACUAUGAUAUGUAUAUGCGCAUGGCGUCGCGCUUGAUCCCCUUACCGCACUCGGUACCGGCACCGACGAAUCCGUCCACCCGGCCAGCGAUCACCGAUCCAAAUGGCAAGCAGCCUGAAUCAUCCUAUGCUGUGAGAGCGUUACCGAUCAAGGUGUACCUCCCAGAUGGAGCGCCGGUCGUACAGGAGGUAGUACCGCCUCUCGGAGCAGACGGCCAACCCACUACUGUCUUGUCUGUACUACAGCAACAUCUUCCCCUCCUCUUUCCAUCCUCGAGCAAAAUCCCUUAUCCCAUGGCACUGCCCAUCGCCCAAGGCGUCGAAUUACCACCAGAGGCGGAGCUUGCAUGGCUGUCGUCGAGUGUAUGCGGAGCAGAUGGGUGGUUGAGGAUAGGGAUCAGGCUUAUAGCGGAGAAUUAG